AUGGCCGGCUCCCCAAAUUCAAACCUGCGCGGCUUCAACCACGCCGUGCAAACCCUCCUCAAACAACCAACCCAAUUCCUUCCACACCUCACCAUCCCAACCUUCACGCACCUCCCCGAGAACCUAGGACCACACCUAGUGAAUUCUCGAAAACCAUCCCCAACAAUGCCGGAGAAAGUAGCCCGCACACCCACUAUUCGCGCUCUGGUGCUGGAUAAAGACAACACGCUCUGCGCCGCGAAAACAACCGUCUUCCCUCCACAGAUCCUUUCCAAGCUCUCCUCGCUGCGCACCUCACCAACCUCUCUAUUCAACCAAACUACAAACCCAAACUCAAUUUUGAUUGUCUCCAACCGCGCCGGCAGCCACGCGAGCUUUGACGGCGAGGUAGACGAGCUGGAAGCGCAGUUGGCGCAUCUACGCAUUCCUGUUUUCCGGCUGCCGGCCGGCACGGAGAAGAAACCUUUUUGUGGGGAUGAGGUUGUGCAGUGGUUCCGGGAGCGUGGGGUUGUUGGGUCUUCGAAUGAGAUUGCCGUUGUGGGGGAUCGGCUGGGGACUGAUGUGCUUAUGGCGGGCAUGAUGGGGUCUUGGAGUGUUUGGUGUAAGGAAGGGGUGUUUGAUGUUGGGGAGGCGGGGAAGCCGGAGCGCAAUAUUUUGGAAAAGAUGGAGGUUUGGAUUGAGAAGUUCCUUAGGACGAGAGGGUAUGAGGCACCGUUACCGAAGGGGUGGGAGAAGGAGAAGCAGGUAUGA